AUGAAAAAGGACUCCACACCUACGAAAACUAGACGUCACCACAAGAGAGCAAAAGAGCAAAAGCUACCCCACACCACUAUACAGAGGUUCCUGAGCUGGGUGCUGCCCAGCCCCGUUAAAAAAUUCCUAUGUCGCCAGCCAGGACAGUUUCCUAUAAGUGCUGUCUUGCUGGGGGCAGGCAUUGGAGGGCUUCUGGCUAUAGGUCUCUUUCAGUUCCUGGUGAACCCAAUGGACAUCUAUGAAGAACAGAAGAUAAUGGUGUUGUAUGGCUUGGCAGGCUUGGGAGCCGUGGGCUGGGGGACUUCACCUCACAUCCGCUGUGCCAGUCUCCUGCUACUGCCCAAGAUGCUGGGCAAAGAAGGCAGGCUCUUUGUGCUGGGUUACGCCUUGGCUGCCAUCUACAAGGGACCACUGAGCAACAUGAAGUACAACCUCAACAAGGUAGUAGAGUCUCUGGGCUGCUUCGUGGAACUGCAGAUCAACAAUACCCGCAAUGUCUGGCGUGUCUCCAUGUCCCCCUUGAAGGCAAUCUUCAAGGACCUUCUGGGCAGCAAAGAAUCACUGAGAAAAGAGACUGGGAACAUCAGCAACACCUUCGAGGAACUGGACACCCAGGUGAAGAGUGAGACCGGCUACACAUCCAGCGACACUGGGGCCUUGGAGAAGGCAGGCCUCAGGACAGAGCCUCUGAAAUACCUCUCCACGCAGAAGAUGUUCGAGCUCAAAACCAAGCUGCGUUGCUCCUAUAUAGUGGAGAAGGCCGUCAACUGCUGCCGAAAUUGGUUUGACCAAAAGCAUAGCCAGUGCAUGCAACGCAUCCCGGUCCCGUUCUUGAACAACCUGCUCUGCCUACCCAUGCAGUUCAAGCAACUCUGUGGCAUUGCCCGGGUGAUGGGGAUUUGGUGUAACAAGCGCCUCCCAGUAGAAGGCAACUUUGGGCAGACCUAUGACUCCCUCAACAAGUCGGUUCGUGGCCUGGAUGGGGAAUUUUCAGCCAAUAUUGACCUCAAGGAAGAGAAGCAGUCUGGGCUGGUGGGCACCAACGUGAACUGGCAGAACCUGGGCUCUGAGGUGCGUGACUACGUCAGACGCCAGGAGGCCCAGCUGGAGUGGUCCCUGAUGCUGCUGCGCGGGCUGCUCUCCUUCACCUUCCUGCUGGUCCUGAAAGCGUCCUUCUCCUAUAUAGACAGCUAUAAUAGGGACAUACGCUUCGACAACAUCUAUAUCAGCACCUACUUCCGUCAGAUUGAUGAGCGCAGGAAAAGGCUGGGCAAACAGACCCUGCUGCCACUUCGAAAAGUCGAGGAGAAAACCAUCAUCUUCCCCUUGAAACCUGCUAUCCAAGCCUUGGAAAUGAGAAAUAUGGGCACGGAGCUCUUGGAGGCACUGCCUGUCCUGCUGCUGCUGUUGCUGCUCUGUGGCCUGGACUGGGUGCUCUACACCAUCUUUGACACCAUGCGCCAGCAAACCUUCCUGAAGUACUCCUUCCGAAGCAGUCAUAAAUUGGAGGUGAAGGUCGGGGGAGACUCCAUGCUUUCUGGGCUUCUUCGGAAAACUAUAGGGCUCCUGAACACCUCCUCUGACACAGUGAUUGAAACAACGAACGCACCCUGCCUGCCCCAGCCUGUGAGCCUGGAAUCCAGGGCCUACGUACGGGUUGCUGUACCCAUGGGCGUGCUGCUGUGUCUCUGCCUGUUACAGGCUUUCGGCUACCGGCUCCGGAGGGUCAUUGCAGCCUUCUACUUCCCCAAGAGAGAAAAGAAGCGGAUUCUGUUCCUCUACAAUGAGCUACUAAGGAAGAGAGCAGCUUUCAUACAAGUGAGGGUGGCUGUCAUCAUAAAGCACGCACAACAGCAGAAGGCUCCACGCCCCCAUCUGACCCGCCUCUGCCCGUUCCUGCGCCGCUGGAAGCGCCGGCACUGCGCGGUGUGCCUAGCAGCCCAGACGCCCGACUCCUACGUGUGCCCGGACUGCGAGACCAUGUACUGCCAGUCGUGCUGGCUCAAUAUACGGCUGCGGUGUCCGAUCUGCAAACCCCCGAAGAAUCUGUCCUCCGUCUUCAGCGACAGCAACGAUGACGCUACCUACGCGGAGUGA